AUGCCGAGCGCCAUCAGCAAGCGCCAGCAGCAGCGCAAUGAAAAAGCCUUGGCUGAGUUGAUUCGGACCGUCCCUGGCAAUGACCGAUGUGCCGAUUGCGAUGCCCUGACCCCAGGUUGGGCAAGCUGGAAUAUGGGUCUCUUCUUAUGUAUGCGGUGCGCCGCAAUCCACCGCAAAUUGGGCACACAUAUAUCCAAAGUCAAGUCGUUAUCGAUGGACACUUGGUCUUCAGAACAGGUUGAUAGCAUGAAAUCUCACGGCAAUUUGUUGAUGAACAAGAUCUAUAACCCCAAGAACAUUAAGCCGCCAGUCCCGACAGAUAUUGAUGAAGCCGACUCGUGCAUGGAACGCUUCAUCCGACAAAAAUAUCAGUAUCGUUCGCUGGAAGAUGGCAAGCCAAAGCCCCCGAGCCGCGAAGACUCAAGCUACACUAGGCUACGCGAGGAACCAAGACGACGGGGUUCUUCACCUCAAAGAUCCCCCAGUUCGCCUGAAGGCUCACCUCCUCCCUUGCCACCGAAGUCGGGCAAGUUCUUCGGGUUUGGUCUUCGAUCUUCUUCGUCCACGUCCAACCUCCGUCGCUUCGGAACCAAGAAGGCAUCGCCAUCGCCGUCCUUUGACCAGCGAUCCUGGUCCCCGCCACCCUCAAAUAAGACUACUGGACUUGGAGCACCGGUUGCAGAUGUGACGACCGAUUCUUUCGAAGCAAAGAUGGCAGCGCUGCGGGAACUAGGUUUCAAUAACAACCGACGCAACGAGAUGGUUCUCAAAGGCCUUAAUGAAGACCUGGAUCGAUCGAUUGACACAUUGGCGAGACUGGGCGAAGGCAACCAGGCCUUAAUACGAGCUAGGAAGGCAUCCAAUGCGAAUAAGUCAGCACCUCCGAGAGCAGUGUCCUCCGCUGGGCCUGCUGCUGUCUCUAAGCCGGAGACGACGAACAAUCCAUUUGACCGAGCUGUUUCCAAUCCAGUUCCUCAGCAAACCCAGGGAGUGCAUGUUAUACAGUCAAAUCCAUACAACCCAUUCGAUCAGAUGUCGCAAACUCCGCAAUCGGCUCAGCCAUUAGAGGCUUCUUUCCAGGGUCUCCAGGUUUCCCAGCCCCUGUUCCCUCACUCUACUGGAGGAUACCCGAAUCGUGCCAAUUCUAUGCCACAGCCUACAUACCAACAGCCGUAUACGCCUCCCGUCACUUCAACUUUCUCAAACCAGAGUGGUUAUAUAGCAUCGCCUCAACCAAUGGACAAUAGUUACAAUCCUUUCUUCCAGACUGCACCCCAGCCGCAGGGCGGUAUGGGAAGUCAAUCACACCUGAGCCCGGGCGCUACGCAGAACAAUCCAUUCUUUAGCACCCCGGCGCAGACCCAAUCUCAACCGCAGCAGUCGGUUCCAUCUGUAUCAACACUUGGGGUGCCUCACCCUCCCCAGCAUGCAAAUACCAUGCCGGCUUUCUCGUCCACUUCACCCUUUGGCACGUCACCAUUUGGGCAAGCGGCUGCCUUCCAGCCCCAGCAGCCCCAGCAGCCCCAGCAGCAGCCCCAACAGCAGCAGCAACACCAACAACCAGUUGGUCAAGUAUCAUAUAACCCAUUCCAACAAUCCAUGGGACAGCCUACUCCACAGAGCGCAGGUGGUCAAUUCAAUGGAUAUUCGAAUCAAUUUGCGCCCCAGCAGCCACAACAAUUAGUACCCCAAACCACCGGCCGAAUGGACAAAUCAGGUAUACUUUCUUUAUACAACCUCGCUCCUUCUCCAACAAACGGAAUUCCUCCCAUCCCGGAACAUUACCAGUCCCAGCCAGGCGCGGGAAUCAGCCCUGUUCCACAACUUACCAACUCUUUCAACUCCACCCCACAAUCUCAACCUCCCUCCAGCAUUCAGACGCCACAACAAAACACCGGCAACCCCUUCCCUGCAUCCAACAUUCCCUUUCCUGCCUCCAACAAUCCCUUUCCUGUCUCCAACAAUCCCUUUCCUGCAUCCAAUAACCCGUGGGGUGGAUCUGCAUCCGCUACUGGUGCCGGCUCAGGCUUAGCUGCCCAAGCGGGCGUUACUACCUACCCGUCCUCUUCGGGAUUGGGCAUUGGAAUGGGUGCAAACGGCUCUGCCGCUCCUGCUCCUCCUGCCCCUGCCGUGGGCAUGGGAGCAGGGAUCGGCCUAUCAGCCUCCAAUGGGCCCAGCCCAUUUAGAUCAGUGAAUCCGGCUCUACCCAGAACCCAUGUGAGCCAGCCAAGUGUCGAUAUCAAUGGCCUACAAAACGGUCGCCACAGUCCGGAUGCAUUUGCCAGUCUGAGCUCACGCUACGGUUGA